AUGAAAAAAAAUUAAGUUGAUCAAUAAGUUUAAAGUAGAAUCAGAAAUUACAUUAAAUAUCAAGCUAAAAUAAAACAAUAAAGUUAAAAUGAUGAAAUAGAAUAAAUUUUAAAAUAACUUCCUUCAUAUAUUUUUGCUGAUCUUUAAAAAAACAUUUAAACCAAAAUUAUGUCUGAAAUAUCCUUUUAUAAAUCUAAUUUUUCUAAAAAUGUCAUUCCAAUUAUAUCUUAAACAUUAUAAAUAUAAUCUUAUACUCCUAAGGAAAUCAUAUAUUAAUAAGGUUAAUUAGAUGAUUGUAGUUUAUAUACUGUUUGGAAAGGGGAAGUUUUAAUAGUUGAAAAUUCAUCUGGAAAACUUUUGGCAACUCUUGCUAAAGGAUAAAGUUUUGGUGAAAUUGAAUUUUUAACCUCUUAACAUAGAUAAUUUACUGCCAUUAGCAAAGAUUUAAGUCAAGUUUUAAGAAUGCCAAGAGAAACCUUUUUGAAAAUUAUCAAAUAUUCUAAAAUUGAUGUUGAACACUUUCAUAAACUAAAAGAUUAGUUAAUUUUAUAUCAAAUAAAUUAAAUAUCAUCAUGCUAUUGUUGUUCAGAAAAUCAUAGUGUUAAUGAUUGUCCUUAUACUUUUUAUAAACCUAAUAUAGAUGUCAUAAUAUAAAGAGAAAAUGCUUAAGAAGUAGUAUCAAUUAGACAAACUUAUGAAAGAACUGGUGAUAAAAAAGGAUUUUUUUAACUUUAAACUUUAAAAUCAAAUACUGAUGAUAAAGAAGAGUAAGGAUCUAGAAUUCAUUCAAUAAAAAAUGAAACUGCUCCUGCAGUAAGUCCUUCUAGACCAAAAACAAAAACAAUUACAUAAAUCCAUUAUAAGAAUUAUGGAUAGUCUAAUCCUAAAGAAGAUGAAAAAUAAAUAGAAAGUCCUUUUUUUGCUUAAAGUUAAACAGAAAUUUAAAAUGAGUAAAAUCCAAAUAAAUUAAGCAUACAUUAAUUAUUGGAACUUCCAUCAAUAAAAAAUAGACAAUCAUAAUCAAAUAAUUAAAUUGUAAUAUCUUCUUUAAGUUAACUUGAAUUGAUAGAAUAAGAAUUUUUAAAAGUAUUUAUGUUAGACAUAGAUAAAGUUGGAAUAUUUUAAAGUUAUUUUCCUUAAAAUAACUUAGAAGUGAUCUUAUUAUCUUUUAGAAAAUAUAUGAGAAGUAAGAAAGUAGUUAUUACUGAAACUCUUGGAGAUUUGACAAGAAGGAAAAUAUAAACAGAAAAUAACUAAUUUUUUUGA